AAAUAAUUAAUAUUUAAUAUAAAUUAAUAGCUAAAAGAAAAAAAUAUAGAAAAAAAAUAGAUUCUAAGUUAUAAAAAAGUAAAAAUGUAAUUUGGUUCUAAAUAAUGCUGGUUAAAGCCAAAGAUGAAAUAAAAUCAUCAACCUAAUAGUGAAAGAGUUUAGUUGAAUGUCGGUUAAAAUUUAUUUUUUUAACCAUAAGAUGAUAAUUUGGAUACAAAUAUAGUUACUAUUUCAUUUGAUUCCAUCAAAUAAUCAGAAUAAAAUCUGCAAAUGGGAGAUCCUAUUUUUUGCAAGGGAUGCAAAGCUGUUUUGAGUAAGAUCUCCAAACUCGAGGAAAAUAAAAAAAAAGAAGAGGGUGAAAAAGUAGAGAUAGAAGAAGAAGAAAACAAAGAUAAUAAGUAGGAAUAACAACAAAUAAAGGAAGAAUUGGAAGAAAAUGGAAAUAUGAUUUGGAAUUGUGAAUUCUGUAAAACAAAGAAUGUGAUUAAUAUAGAACGAGAAGAAUUACCAUAGCAAGAAGAUGUUAUCUACAUGGUUCAGAGUGUAAAUAUGAGGAAUGUAUAAGAAAAUGCUCAAAACUUUGAAGAAGAGAAUACAAUAGUCUUUGUAAUUGAUGUUAGUGGAAGUAUGUCAGUUACUGCACCUAUUAAAAAUAAAGAUACAAACACAUUUAAACAUUCCACAAUGGUUAGCUCAGAAGAGUUUGAAAUGCUGAAAUAAUUUAUGGAUGAAGAGGAUAUCUAUCAAUACACUCAAAUGCAAUAAUAGUAAAAUUUCGUUAGUCGUAAGUAGUGCGUAUUAGCUGCCAUUUAGUAGCAGAUGGAAGAUUUAGCAGAAAAUCAGCCAAAUAAAAAAAUAGGAUUAAUUAUUUUCAACAAUGAAGUUACCAUUUAUGGAAGUGGAUUUGCAGAACCUGUUGUAAUAACAGGUGAUAAGUUGUAUAGAACAGAAGAAAUCUACUAAGUUGCUGCAGAAAAUAGCUAAAGGUUGUUUAAUCUACCAGUUAAGCAAUCAAAAAAUCGUUUGAUUGAAAUUUUUGAUUCUAUUAAAGAAAAAGGAUAAACUGCACUAGGUCCUGCUAUUGUAGCUGCUUUAGGUGUUCUUUCUCAAUAAAAGAAAGGCUCAUAAAUCAUUGUCUGCACUGAUGGUUUAGCUAAUGUGGGAGUAGGAUCAUUUGAAGAUUAGACUAAUUACAUAGAAUUUUAUGAAGAUGUCAAGCUCAAGGCGUCUUAAAAUGAUUCUAUCUUUAACAUAAUUUCUAUCAAAGGAGAAGGUUGCAAGUUAGAUAUUUUAGGAAGUAUUGCUGAUAAAACAGGAGGUAAUGUCAUGCGUGUCGAUCCUGACAAUUUGCAUAAAGAUUUCGCUAAUAUUUUGUAAGAUGAAGUUGUCGCCCUUAAAGCAGAAAUGACUAUUUACUUAAAUAAUCUCAUGAAAUUCAGAAAUACUGAUCCAGAUGUAGAUAAAGUUACUGAAAACGGAUCUAAAUGUGUAAAAUUUGUAGGAAAUGCAACUAAAAAAACUUUGGCUACCUUUGAAUAUACUAAUAAAACUGACGAAGAAGUAAUUUAACAAAAAUUAGAGGAUAACACAGAAAACAUAAAAGAAUUACCAUUUUAGUGCUAAACAUUGUACUAUAACUUGCAGGGACAUAAAAUGAUUAGAGUUCUAACAAAAAACUAAGAAAUUACUUUUGACAAAAAAGUAGCUGAAAAGAAUCUUAAUUACUAAGUAAUUAAUACAAGAGUAGCCACUCACACAGCUUAAUUGAUUCAAAAUAACAACUACUAAUAAGCAAGACAUUUUAAUAGAUAAUGGGCAGAUUAUGUGACAACAAACGAACAAGUUAGUUAUGAUAAUUAGUAGAUGUUUACUAAUUAGAAUGCUCAAUUAAAAAAUGUAGCUCGUAAAAAAUAAUAAACAUAUCAAAAAUUAAGUUAAAAUAAUUUUUCGAUACCUAAAAUGAAUACAUGUGUUUAAUAGGUUUAACCUUAAAGCUAGUAAAUUCUUAAUAGUCAUGAGGGAUUAUCAGUAAGUGAUUAGAAAUCUGAUUAACUAUUUUAAACUGCUUCUUUUAGUAAUCCUGAAAAUGGAUAAAAUAAUUAAUAAGAAAAAAUUUUCUUAGAAGAUGAAAAUUAAAAUAAAUAAGAAGAAAAACCAAUUUAGUUAAAGGAAAGUCAGAAAUAACAAAUUAAUGAAGAAGACAUGUUCAGCGGAGAUGAGGAAUUCUCAGCUGAAGAAGAUGAGUUAGAAGCAUAUAUGUACUAACAAAAAAAUAAUAAAUUUUGA